AUGUACCGUCCGCAGUUACCCGCGAGUGGUGACAACGAAUACGUUCACAUACGGUGUCUUAUUGCGAACAUACAUAAGCCUAGGAAUGUGUCCCGACCGCCGGAGUCCCCGGAAUCGUCCCUGGAGGCGAUUCUGGAGUGCUCUCCGUCGGACAGGGAAUCCAGUCCCGCUGCGUCGGAACGGUCUGAUAGAACAGUGAAAUCCGAUUAUUCAGAUAUAUCGGAGGUGAGCGGAGCGGAGGAGCAACCUCCCCCUGGACGGGCGAAGAGCAAUAGCAUCGCUGGUGCGACUCUGAUGCCGCCCUCGAUGCAUAACAAGCGGCGUCGCCAGUCGUUCCUUCAUCUGCACGUCAGUGGAGCUAACGAUCAUCCCGGUCCGUUGUCUGCGGGUGCGCACCUCAACGUGCCGCGGUUCACGGUCACGGCUCCACCGGGGGAAGGACGCCGCUUCAGCCAUGGAUUCCCCUUCCACGGCUUCGCUCUCCGUCGACACUCUAACAUGGUCUGCACCAGGAUAUGUGGCCGGUGUGAAAGUUUUGCAGUUCGAUCUUAA